AUGUCGGAUGUGGAUCCGGACGAUGUCUACGCCAGUGACGAAUACGAGCCCGAGUCACCUGCGCGCGCCCAGCAGUCCCCAUCACACUCGCAGUCGGGCUCUCCCCAUGCAGCCCCGCAACUGACGCUCCGAUUUGACGCGAAUCUUCCGGACGACGAUGAGAGUGAAUCCGGAGUCGUCACGCCGUUACUCAAUAAGAAAUCCAAGCACAGUCGAUCAUCUCGCGAGUUUAACACUGUUAGUGGCCGCCACUUAAUGGACAAUACCCCAUGGACGUACACCGUCUCGGCGUUCCAAGUCCGUUUGCUGCGAAUUCCAGUGACCGAGUCUGCAGCGAUCCGGGAGCUGCGGGUGUUUGCGACGAUUGACAAACAGGCGGCUCAAUCCCGAGGAUCGAGGUGGAAGCAAGAACUUCAGCCAGUAGGAAGAUCACCUCUGCGACUGAAUAGGAAACGUGGAAAUCGACGUAAGUCGCUGAGGAGGGUGGAGCCGUAUCGACGCAGUGGCCUCAUUGAAGAGGCCAAGUGGAUGCGUGGUGACGGGAAACUGCGAUGGACAUUUCCUAUGGAGAAAUUUCGUCGUUUGAAGGCCUAUACUCCGAGGAUUAAGGCGUUCGUAUAUGGGAUUGGAGAGGCCGGAGUGGUGAAUCCUUCCCGAGCUCAGAUGGAGAAUCUCCCUCGUCAAGAGAAAGAAGGAGAGAUUUUGAGCUUCGGGUGGUUCUUUCUCGAUCUGAGGACCCCAGACCUUCCAGAGCGGUGGCUAAAGCUGCAAAAUUCUCCUUUUGGCGGGGAGAUUUUGAUCUCCAGUAUCUUCAUGCCGGUAGAGCUGUCAGACGCACAAUCCGUUAAGCACUCAGUGGCGCGGCCUGAAGAUAGAGGGUUGUCUAAUGUGCGAGCAGAGUCACAAACAGUGAGAGUCAACAAAGCGGAAGCAGUACCAACUGUGGUAUCAGGUAAAAGUGGCGAGUAUUUGCAGAUUGGAGAUGGAAGUGGUCAAGACAUUUUUGUGCUGUCCGUCUUCAUCCAGGCAGCGUUCAACCUUUUGAACGUGGUGGAAUCUUCAAUGGACGGAUAUUUUCCAUAA